GUGAUGGAGAACAGGACAGAAGUGACACAGUUUAUCCUCAUGGGAAUCACAAAUGACCCACAUCUGCAGCUUCCCCUCCUCAUCACUUUCCUUCUCAUCUACACCAUCACACUGGUUGGGAACCUGGGAAUGUUUCUGUUGAUUCUUUUGGACUCUCGGCUUCACACCCCCAUGUACAUCUUUCUCUGCAACUUGUCCUUUGUGGACUUUUGUUACUCAUCAACAGUCACUCCAAAGGUCAUAGCUGGAUUCCUUACAGGAGACAAGAUCAUGUCCUACAAUGCUUGUGCCUCGCAGAUGUUCUUUUUUGCAACUUUUGCCAAUGUGGAGAACUACCUUUUAGUCGCAAUGGCCUAUGAUCGCUAUGUAGCAGUGUGUAAGCCCCUACACUAUGCCACCACCAUGACAACAAGUAUGUGUGUACGUCUCGUCAUUGGCUGUUACAUCUGUGGUUUCCUGAAUGCUUCCAUCUAUACUGUGGAUGCAUUAAGUCUCUCUUUCUGUGAAUCUAAUGUGGUCCACCAUUUUUUCUGUGAUGUUCUAGCAGUCAUGAUUGUAUCUUGCUCUGACCGACAUGUCAAUGAACUGGUUCUUAUUUAUUUAGCCAGCUUCAAUAUCUUUUUUGCUCUAAUACUUAUUUUAAUAUCCUACGUGUUCAUUUUUACCAACUUUCUAAAGAUGAACUCUAUUGCAGCAUAUCGCAAAGCUCUCUCUACUUGUGCCUCCCAUUUCACAGCUGUUUCCAUUUUCUAUGGUACAAUCAUAUUCAUGUACUUGCAGCCCAGAUCAAGUCACUCCAUGGACACUGACAAAAUAGCAUCUGUGUUCUACACCAUGGUCAUUCCUAUGUUGAACCCUCUGGUAUACAGCUUAAGGAAUAAGGAGGUGAAGAGUGCAUUCACAAAGAUUGGAAAUGCAUUUAGUGCCAAGACACAGUAUUUAUUUUAG